AGCUGUUGUGCUCAAACCAGGCCUGUCAGUCUCACGAAGACUUCCAAAUUCAGCCCUUGGGUUCCACAUGAUGAUGCUUCUGCUGACGCUCAUGCAGGUGCUUCCACUUCAUUCCCUGCGGCAAAAGGACCUGACCAACUCUUCAGAGGUGCUCUCCUUUGGCUUGCCCCGAAAUUGCAGAAAGACUCAAGAUUACGAGCACUGCUGUGCAUGCGGAAGAGUGCAAGACCCAGAGGAUGUCAGUGCCAAAGACAGGAAGGCCUUGCUGAAACGCGAGUGGGGGCGUUCCGAUGAUGACCUUUGCUUCUGGUCCAAUCAUCCAGAGAGAUCGGUCUUGAACCGAGAAAACAUUUGCUGUCCACAGUGGGCCACAGAAUGUGAGGUGGACGAUGCGUACUACAAGUAUCGCCUGGAGCAGGAUUGUCUGCCAGACCUACAGGAUUGCCAGCUGAAAGAGUGCAAAGCGGUGACAGAAAGGUUGGCAUCUGCGAAAGAGUGGCUGAACAGGGCCCAGACGAAGCUUAAGGAGAGCAAGAAGAGUACUUGGAAGAUUCGCUACGUCACUGGCCAGAGCAACCAUGGAGAAAGGUGCAAGUGUGUUUGUGGCGAGUUGCAGAAUGAGACAAAGAUGGAGUGCAAGAGGAAUCGGAAGGGAUUCAGCACUUGCCCCAAUCUCCGGCCCUGCUGCACGAAGCUGGAGGACUGCGCCGCAGAGGCCGGCGCCGGGCACGCCGCUUGGCGACGCGCCCGGCGGCACCGAAGCUCGGAAUCCGAGGAUCCGUGGCCCAGACAAGUGAAGGAGGAGUACCAGAAGAAGACGGCCGAAGCGAAGGCUUCGAUGAAAGAGCUGCAGGAUCAGGUCGAUCACCUCAGGUUCUUGCAGAAGGACUGUGUCAAGAGCUGUGGCCGCGCGCGGUCCUAUGUCUAUUUGUAUCAUUUGAAGAAACUGGGCGCCGGAAACGGGUGGCUUCGUUGAGAGGAACACUAACUGCUCCAGGCUUCGUUGGAUCUACCGAGAUUAUACCAAUGGUCCAGUUGGGCCGCCCCAGUGAAGAGAUCCCUUACCAGACGUCCGGGCCAGUAGAUAGGGUUUGGUUCGGGCCCGGACCCUGCAGGGUCCAACCGAGCAGAAAAUCCAGAACUGCCGCGGCUUAGAGGAUCGACCCUGGUAGAUACGACCCCAACACGGCGACAGCUGGACAGCUGGGUGUGAGUGGACCAAACGAAAGAAAACCAUCACCCAAAGCCAGGCUUCACCCAAUCACCAAGCCCUGAACAGAUGGGGUGGUUGUGGCGCACCUGCCUGGUCGAAGCUCACCCUUUGGACUUCCGCACGGGCGAACGUCCGAUGACUUGGACGAAGCACGAAUGGUGACAGAGCUGGAGAAGAAUGACACCCUGUAAAGCUAGUCCCAACCAGGGUAUUGGGGUUGAGGGUUUUUGGGUUUUUGGUAGAAACAGCUCGGGUUCUUCCAAUCUUUCUUUGCGCCAGCUUGAGAUCCUUUACAGAACAAGUGGCUGGCUAACAUGUGGGGAACCAUCGACUUGUUUCGGACCGGGGUUUCCAGGUGGCUGCAGGGUCGGCAUCUUCCGUCUGUCCCGUGGGUCUCGAUGCCCUUCGGGAUUCGUAACCAACCACCAGAGCCUGACACCCGAAAAAGCCGUCCGCGAUCUUCGUGGGAAAGGAAACGUGCUUUGGCUGGCUGGCCUGUCAGCGCACUGAAUCCUUUUGCAACUGCAAAUUCCACAUUUUGCGAAAUCACAGAACUACUUUUUGUUGCACUCACCGGCUCUGCUUAGCGACUUUGCACGGCUCGUUCAUUAUGUUGGCCCCACCGACGUCAUUAUGUUGGCCGACGAUGUAGACCGACGCACUAUGUUGGCC